AUGAAGGGGUUUUCAGUGGAACCUGGUGUUUCCAGGGGCAGUUCAGAUCAAAAAAGGACAGACUGUUCGUCAGCAAAUAUACCCGAACCGGGCCUCUUGGCUGGGAAUGCUUCCUUGGGAGCGCUCCAGUGGCCUGCAAAGUCGCCACCUCUACUGGGCGCCCAUGAUCCCACAAACACCAAGAAAGUCUGCGUGCUCCUAUCAUCAGAGGCACAAUUCUUCAGCACAAGUGGGAAGGGGGAGAGAGAGUUCAUUGCCGAUGCUGGCGUGUCUCUCUUUUCCCUUUUAGCUAUGCACAGGGCAGCACAAAGCAGCGGAUGUGCACUGGAGUUUGUGACGUUUUCGGGCAGUCCUCCCCCCGUGGCUUCUUUUGGUACCCUUGAGGAUUUGAGAGUUUUUUUGUCGAAGGAGAAAGAGGAAUGCGCUGAUCUGCUGCUACAGCAACUGCAACGGCCGCAGCAACUGAGGAAGGCAACAGCAGCAGACUAUUGUUGCCUGCUUCUGCCACACCAUUUGGGAGCCGCAAUAGACCUUUAUAGCAGCAGCAAUACAGGAGCCCUCAUUAAAGAGUUUGGGGCCAUGAACAAGCCUGUUGGGGCAGUUGGCUACGGCGCAUUUGCCCUUUGCGCCAAGCCACUAACUGAAUCUGAGAGCUUUCCACUGGCCGGCCGUUUAGUCUCUACAGUUCCAUUAGCUGAAGAGGCUCGAUACCCAUACUUCGGGCUUCUGCCGUUUCACCUGGAGCUACACUUUGCUGCUGAAGGGGCCCGCACAGCGGCGGGUCCCACAGGAGCUCCAGGGCUCGUCGUAGAUGGUCAGCUUGUCUCAACUGGAAGCGAAGCAUCCACAGAAUUCCUUCUUAAAACGCUUCUACUGCUCUCCUCAGUGCAGCAGCAGCAAAAUCAGCAACAGCAGAACUAA